ACGAUUGUACGAAAGCGAAUAGUCGUAUGGUUCUUUAUUUAUUGUGAAUGCGCGGAAACUGAGGGACUCUUAGAUUUUCUUUUGUGUUUUGCAAGUGAUUACAGGAUAGUGUUGUUUGUGAAUAAUAAAGUUGUAGUGUAUUAACGCGAGGAAAAUCGAUGAGAUUGUGUGUACAGUGGUGCGAACAAUAUGUGCAGUGUUGAUUACGAAUGACAUCUGCUAGAAGAAAAACGGAAUUGCAGUAGUUAGAGGACGUGGAUUACGCAUCAUACAGGAUGAAUGUGACCGAGACGAUCCCGGUAUCUGCUCAGCCGAUGGAGAAAACGCACAGUCUGCUGGAGCCUCUGCAGCAGCCGAUGUUCCUGCAGACACAGACUGUUCAGAUAAUCGCUGGGAUCUUCGUAUGGACCGCGCUGUUUAUCACUUGCCAACAGAUCUACCAGCACCUGCGCUGGUACACAAACCCCUCGGAGCAGCGGUGGAUCGUGCGCAUCCUUUUCAUCGUGCCCAUCUACGGCUGCUACAGCUGGAUCUCGCUGUUGUUCUUCAACGGAGACUCCUACUACGUGUACUUCUUCACAGUCAGGGACUGCUAUGAAGCGUUCGUGAUCUACAGCUUCCUAUCCCUGUGCUACGAGUACCUAGGAGGCGAAGGCAACAUCAUGUCCGAGCUGCGAGGCAGGCCCGUGCGCGCCUCCUGCGUCAACGGCACAUGCUGCCUCGCAGGCGCCACCUACACCAUCGGCUUCCUGCGCUUCUGCAAGCAGGCCACGCUGCAGUUCUGUCUCGUCAAGCCUGUCUGCGCUUUCAUUAUUAUAUUCCUACAGUCGGCCGGGCACUACCACGACGGCGACUGGAGCCCCAACGGCGGCUACCUGUACAUCACGAUCGUGUACAACUUCUCCGUGAGCUUGGCGCUUUACGGGCUGUUCCUGUUCCUCGGCGCCACCCGCGAGAUGCUUAAGCCAUUCGACCCCGUACUCAAGUUCUUCACCGUCAAGUCCGUCAUCUUUCUCUCGUUCUGGCAAGGCGUCGCCCUAGCCAUCCUAGAGAAGGCCGAAGUAAUAAUGCCGAUCACGGACGCUAACAACGUGCCCACCACGGCCGGUACCGUGUCCGCCGGGUACCAGAACUUCCUGAUCUGCAUCGAGAUGCUGGCGGCGGCCGUGGCGCUGCGCUACGCGUUCCCGGCCGCCGUGUACGCGCACGCGCACCGCGACCCGCACCGCUCCGUCACUAUGCAGUCCAUCUCCAGUAGCUUGAAGGAGACCAUGAACCCCAAGGAUAUAAUGACUGACGCGUUCCACAACUUCCACCCGCAGUACCAGCAGUACACGCAAUACAGCUCCGUGAUGCGCGGCAACGCGGCGGCGCCGGUGGGGCGCGCCGACGAGGGCGCGGCGCUGGCGCCCCGGCCGCCGCCGCAGCGCGUCGCCACCAUCUCGCACACCCCCAACUACCACGAGAAGACCACGCUGCUCAGCUCCGACGACGAGUUCCAGUGAACAUCCUCCAAGGCC